AUGGAGGCCAAGGAGCUGGGCCGCCAGGCCAGGCAGCGACGGGGCGGCCACAACGACGGGAUCGUGUCUGCGAGUGCAUUCGACGGCCUGCCAGAGGCGGUGCCGGUGGCGGUGGGAUGCAGUGCUGCGCUGCGGGCCGAGAUGGAACACCUGCCGGACCUGCUGGUGUCCUCGGUGGACUGGACACAGCGUGUGGAUGCGCUGUUGAGGCUGGAGGGUCUGGUGCAGAGCGGCGCCGCAGGCUUCGCCACCUUUCCGGAGCUGCUGCUUGGUGUCCGGGACUCGUUGGCGGCGCAGAUGCAAGAGCGGCGGUCGGCGGUGUCACGGCAGGCAUGCCACACCGUCUGUGUGUUGGCGGCAGCCUGUGGCACCAGCUUUGAGCCGCUGGCUGUGCACCUGCUGCCAGUGGUUUUCAAGACUCUGGCCAUGGGCAUCCAGAUUGUUUCUGAAGCGGCUGAUGCCUGCACAUAUGCGAUGCUGGCCGCCUGCCCUAGCCCGCGGCUGCUACCCAAGCUGUGCUCCGUGGUGGCAGGCGACCGCAACGGGCGGCUGCGACAGUCGGCGGCCGAAUUUCUGCUGCGGGCUGUUGAAGGGUGGGAGCCAGCGAUCUACGAACGGCAGCUGGAGUGCGUGGAGCGAGCAGUGCUGGCAGCAGUGCAGGACGCGCACGCGGAGACGCGAGUGGUGGGACGCAGCCUGUAUGGAGCCUACGCACGCUCCUGGCCUGCACAGGCGCAAGCUAUGCUUGCGCGCCUGGAGCGUGACCGGCAGCUACAGGAUAAGCUGAUUAUGGCAGCAGAGGAGUAUGUGCCAGAGGUCUGCAGCAGUGUGUGUACCGGCAGGGAGGAGGCCAUUGCCGGCGUCUGCCCACCAGCCAGCCUGGCACCGCUGCUGGCUCGCUUGGGCAAGUCUGGGGUAGACUGGGGCAACCGCGUCUCCGUGUUUCAGGUUGUCCAGGCCACCCUGGAGCAGUCGGGCAACAGCCAUGUGGUGGCUGCUGACGUGACCUCCAACACCGACCGUCUGGUGGCUGCCCUGCUGGAGGGCUGUGGUGACGCCCACUUCCGCGUGGCUGCUGCGGCCUUGGCGGCACUGGGCGUGGGGCUUGCCAGCCCCUGCAGCCGGGCCUUCGAACCGCAGCUGGAUCGCGUGAUGACAGCCCUGUUUGCCAGGGUGGUAGACCCGAAGGAACAGAUCAGGGUGCUGGUGGAUGCUGCGCUGGCGGCAGCGCUGGCACAGCACAGCGCGGAUGUUGUCUUGGGCGCACUGGCGCGCUCGCUGCAGGCCAACCGCGCGCCACGGGUCAAAUGCGCUGUGAUGGACUUUUUCGCUAGGGCAGUUCGUGGCGGCGGUGAAGAGCGGCAGGGCCUGCUGAAGCAGCUGAUGGGACCUUUUCCACGGUCUGCACUGGGCGGUCUGCUGCGCAGCCUGCUGCAGCUGACGACAGACAAGAACCCAGACAUCCGGCGCUCGGCAGCCGAUGCAGUGGCAGCAGCCUACCAUGGCGGCGAGGCACAGGCAGUGCUGAACACCUUGCACAGUCUGCCGCCGGCAGACCUGCUGAUGGUGCAGCGCGCCAUCGGCCCAGCCAUCCAUCAGCAGCAGCAGGGCAGUUGCAGCGAGGCUCAUGUGGUGCCUGCUCCGCUGUCAUCACGGCCCGGCAGGGACAGUGAGCCCAGUCAUCAGCAGUCUGGCAGCCUGACGAGCCGCCGACAGAGCAGCGAGGGUCUGAAGCUGCCGCCGCAGGAGGAGCACCGCCGCCAGGAAAACAGCGGCAGCCUGAAUGCUAGGAGCAAGCAGGGCAGCCGCGCCGGUUCGUCUUCUUCUGGAGCAGGCAAGGCGCAAACAGCAGGUCCUGCUCCAGCAGACCAGCACACCCCACAGCCCCCGUCGCCAUUUCUGUGGCGGGUGCAGUCUGCGUCGCCGCUGGGAACAGAAUCAGCAGGAGCUGCUGCUGAUGUGGCAGCCAGCCCAGCCGCAGAGCCUGCCGCGAAUGGGGCGGUGACUCAGGCAGCACUUCAGCUUCGCGCUGAGCAGCGAUUGGAAGUGAGAGUGCCCACCGGCACGGUGGUGCCAUUUAAUGAUGUGAUGGCGGCACAGCUGGAGCGUCUGAUGGUGCAGCUGGAGGCAGGACCCAGUGCGGAGGCCCUGCAGGGCCUGUCACGCCUUGCGCAUGUGCUGCCAGCGGCAGCCUGGCCGCCCUGCUUCGAUCAGGUCAUGGCAGCUGUGUGCGCCGCGCUUGGAAGCACCAGCCUGGUGCUGCGGGACACCGGCCUCAUGCUGGCUCGUGACCUGGCUGCAGCGGUACUGCCAUCCCUCUUCCUCCCGACCCUCCCUUUGCUGCUGCCCAUGCUGCUGGCCUGCGCCGCGGAGCAAGAGGCGCGUGAGAUUGUCCUGGCAGCGGACGAAGCGCUCGAGGCACUGCUGCUGCGGGCACCGCCGCAGAGUUGCCUGGGGGUGCUGGCGCCGCGCCUGCCGGCCAUCGGCGACUCGCUGUCCACUGACCGGCAGCAGGGCGCCGAGCUGCAUGCCACCAUUCGCAGCCUGCGCAGAGUGGUGGUCCAUAUGCAGCCUGCAGGGCUCAGCGCGCACCUGCAGCCGCUGCUUCUGCCGGGGCUGUGCACCACCUACCGCUCGCCGCUCACGGAUGUGCGCAAGGCGACAGUAGACUGCCUGAUCAGCAUCUGGCUGGUGGUUGGGGAUGCCAUCAAGCCGCACCUGGAGCCACUCUCGGCAUCUCAGCUCAAAUUGCUGGAUAUUUAUCACGCCCGCUCGCAUGGCUAGGAAGCAUGGAACGUGUUUACGGGCACGUGGCCAAUGAGAAGGGGUCACUUUACUACACCAGAUCACAUUGUCUGACCUUUUCAAAUGAUUUGUAACAAUAAAUAGAGGAAC